GCCCCUUCAAUUAAGCAAGAGGGAGGACGCAGAAAGGAGAGACGGGGGCAGAUACGCACAAGCGCUUGGAAAAAUAAGACUCAAUCCGGUGUGUUCAAGGCAUGAGAUUUGCGUAAAGCGGCGUCUUUCCCGGGAGGACUCCUUUUUAAAAGUUGAAAGUUGAAAAAAUAGGUGGAUUGUGAUAUAUCUAUUACCAUGGGCUCCAAAAGGCACCGUUCAAGGAGCGCGGCGUCUUUGCGCUACGCGUACCGCUCUCCAAUGGGACUCUCACUGUUGCUUCUUCUACCUUUGUCUGUUGCCUUCAACUUGGAUGUGGACACGCCAGCGGUGUAUAAAGGACCGACAGGCAGUUAUUUCGGCUAUUCGGUGGACUUUUAUAUGGUGGGAUCAAGUGUGAGUGUUAUAGUUGGAGCACCCAAAGCCAACACCAGCCAGCCUAACAUCAGAGAAGGAGGUUCUGUCUUCUACUGUCCCUGGGGCCUCAACCAAUCACAAUGCACCAGCAUCGAGUUCGAUAAAUACGGAGAUCUAGACUUGACAGUGAAUUUCACACCACAGCAGGGAGAGUUCAAAUCCCAUCAGUGGUUCGGAGCAACAGUACGGGUUCAUGAAGAUAGUGUACUGGCUUGUGCUCCUUUGUACUCAUGGAGAACCAUGGAAAACAUGCCUGAGGCCGACUCCACUGGAUCAUGUUAUCUGUCAAUCAAAAAUUUCACCAAGUUUGUGGAAUACGCUCCAUGUCGAACAGAAUUUCAUGGAAGAAAAGGACAAGGCUAUUGUCAGGGUGGAUUCAGUGCUGAUUUUACACGGGAAGGAAAAGUGGUGCUUGGCGGACCUGGCAGUUACUUCUGGCAAGGUCAAGUGAUCACAGCAGUCAAGCAAAAAAUAGUCCAGGCCUAUUACCCCGGAUACUUCCUGACAUCUGUAGAUGGGCUCAUUCAGACGAAACAGAAAAAAGAAAUCACCUUUGAUGACAACUACAUGGGUUAUUCUGUGGCUGUGGGCAAUUUCAGUGGAGGUGAUGAAGAAGACUUUGUGACUGGAGUCCCCAGAGGGCUAAAACUGCACGGGCAGGUUUCCAUUCUUAAUGGCUCUUUGGACAUGCUGAAAAACUUCACUGGUGAGCAGAUGGGAUCCUACUUUGGCUAUGCGGUGGCAGCUACUGACAUCAACCAUGAUGGAAUGACAGACCUGCUGGUUGGAGCUCCCAUGUUCAUGGUUCGAGAUUCUGAUGGGCGAUUGGAGGAGUUGGGUCGUGUUUACGUGUACUUGCAGAAUGGACCUUUAGAUCUCACGCCUCAGCUACCUCACCUCACUGGCACACAUACGUUUGGCAGGUUUGGCAGCUCCAUCGCUCCACUUGGGGACCUCAACCAAGAUGGCUACAAUGAUAUAGCCAUCAGUUGUCCGUUCGGUGGGAAAGACAAACAAGGAUUGGUGCUCAUCUUUAAUGGAUUUGCUGGAGGACUCAGAGAAAAGCCCUCUCAGGUGAUCGCCGGCCAAUGGGCAUCAUCCGUAUCAGCAAAUCUUCCUGCCAGUUUCGGUUACGCCCUUCGUGGAGGUGAAGAUCUGGAUUACAAUGGCUAUCCAGAUCUCAUUGUGGGUGCGUUUGGUGCUGACUCUGCUAUUCUGUACAGAUCUCGUCCUAUUGUAAAUACAAGUGCCACUCUGAGUGUCUAUCCAGCUAUGAUAAAUCCAGAAGAGAAACUUUGCACCAUUACCCAUGGGACUGAGACCCUGCAUGUGUCUUGUGUUAACCUGAGCUUCUGUCUCUCAGCCAAUGGGAAGCACCUACCAAAUCAUCUCGAGUUUAACGUUGAAGUUCAGCUGGAUCGUCUGAAGCAGCAGCAGAAGGGAGCCAUACGGAGAGCUCUCUUUUUAGACACCCAGCUACCCAGCUUGCAGAGGACAUUAACUGUGCCAAAUGGAGCCAGAGUCUGCAGUGACACCAAGAUCUACCUGCGGGAUGAGAAGGAAUUCAGGGAUAAACUGUCUUCCAUCUUCGUUGCUCUCAACUUCAGCCUGAACCCGCAGGCUGCGGCAGACGUGCACGGACUGCGGCCCAUCCUCAACUACCAGACGGCAGAGCUCAUUGAACAAAAAGCCCAGAUUUUAUUGGACUGUGGAGAGGACAACAUCUGUGUCCCUGACCUGAAACUCUCCGUGCACGGGGACAGGAAGGAAGUGUACAUGGGUGAUGACAACUCGCUGACGCUAACUUUCAACGCAAAGAAUGAUGGCGGUGGAGCGUACGAAGCAGAGCUGUAUGUGGUGUUGCCACCAGAGGCCGACUACAUCGGAAUUGGUCGCAAUAAUGAGAGUUUGACGCAGCUGACCUGCAGUUACGACACAGAAAAUCAGACGCGUUAUCUUAGCUGUGAUCUGGGCAACCCCAUGAAGGCAGGCACCAGCUUAUGGGCCGGACUGCGUUUCACAUUGCCUCGUCUGAAGGACACACAUAAAUUUGUGCAAUUUGACCUGCAAAUUCGCAGUAAAAAUGAAAAUAACUCCCAAAGCGAAGUCGUUCCCUACAAAUUGGAGGUGGUGGUCCAGUCUGAUGUUAUUUUACAGGGUGUCUCCCGACCAGACAAGGUCAUAUUCCCCCCUCCGAACUGGAAGUAUGCCAAGAAUUUGAUGGUGGAACAGGAUGUCGGACCCUCCGUCCAGCACACUUACGAGUUGGUGAACAACGGUCCGAGUCGCAUCAGUCACACUGUACUGCAGCUGAAAUGCCCCAUGAAGCUUCAAAGUAACCGGUUCAUUUAUCCGCUGGAGGUCACGACUGAGGGUCCUGUUAACUGCACCACCCACAACAUAGUCAACCCCUUGAACCUCAAGCUCCAGCAGUCCUCAACCGAGCAGCCUCCCUUACGAGACGGGACGCACGAACAUCACAUCGAGAAGAGGGAAACGCACAAGGGCGAACUGUCUCAACUGACCAAUCUGUCUUGCUCCAGCGUGGAUUGCUGGACUUUAACGUGUAACGUCGGCCUGUUGGAGCGAGGUACAAGUGCCAUACUGCAUGUUCGCUCACGGAUCUGGGCUGAAACAUUUAUGGAGAAUCCACACAAGAGCUUUAUUCUGGAGUGUCUUGCUAGUUACAAAGUUGAAAAGAUGCCUUAUGCUAUUUUACCCAAGGAGAAUCCAAGCGGUGCCAAAAAGGUUGUCACUCCCGUGGUCUGGAACAAAGUAAGCAGUACAUAUGCAGUACCUCUGUGGAUCAUCAUUCUGGCUAUUCUCGCCGGUCUUCUACUGCUUGCCCUGCUCAUUUAUGUCCUUUACAAGCUCGGCUUCUUCAAGAGAACUCCUUACGGCACUGCUAUGGAAAAGGCCCAGCUGAAACCUCAAGCCACCUCUGAGGCCUAAACUAAACAAGAAAGCAUUCAGAGAACAAAUACCAAAGAAUGUUCUUAACCAGAGGCCAUCAAAAGACAAGGUUCAUUGCUGUUUAAAACAACAUAGACUAGACUGCAGUAGAGAAAAGAUGGAGAAAAGAUCACUGGAUCUUCACCGUACUGCACUAGACGAUGAGACCCGAAAGACUUAAAGCCAAAUGAAUGUUGACACACGUGUUUAUUUUAUUUUUCUUGCUGUGGGUUUCGAUUUUUAACCACCACUUAUAGCCUAACAACUCGCAAACAGUUUGGGUUAAUCUUAACCAAAGCUCAGGAUCAGUUGCCUAUUGAAAAAGAGCAGCAACCAAUGAGAGUCUCUCUUACAGAUUCUGCCCUAGACUGACACUCGACUGCACUAAUACUGAUUUUUACUUUAAGUUUUCACUUAGUUUUAGUCCCUACAUCAUUACCAAAACGCCAAAGACUUUGACACGUUUUUUUUUUGUUGUGUUUGAACGUGAGAAUGAGGUAGGAUACCUCACCAUGGACCCUCAUCUCCAUUUUCCUGCUGUUUUAGUUUUUUUUUAAACAAAGACAUUGUAAAUGUUUUAUGUUUUGUGUGAUUUCUGAUGGAAAGUUUAUUCGCAAAGGUUUUCAUUAAGAAUGAGAUUUGAGUUUUCAGCUCAGUCACCUCUUACCAAAAAAAAAGUUGGUUUCGGUCUCAGGUGAUACCGUGGCACACAGGUCCAGUACCAUGCGUUUCCAUGGAAACAUUGUAAGGAUCCUUAACAAAAGGCGAUGUUGCGCUCAUAACGCCGAUCCCUGCUGACUGUCAGCUGUUUCUGUUACCUUACUAAGUUAUUAGUAACAAGCAGUAGCGUUGCCUUAGUAGUCAUCUGGGACACAACUGGAUCCACAUCGAGCCUGUGAAACCUCGCAAAUGCCUUGAAGCAGAGCUGUGCUUUGCCAUUACACUAAUAGACUCUUUGGGCCAAAGAGCGUUGGGAGCCUAUUUCUUCCCACGUGGACCUCUCGGUCGUCCCUUUGAAUUUCUGUGGAUGAACGCGGAGAGCCGCCGUGGACUUGGAAUGAGAUUUGCGCAAAGUCUGUUUGUCAGUGCACUUGCAUAUACAUACACGCAUAAACACAAACAACGGACUAAACGCAUACUCGUUCCGAGGUGGCAGUAACCAGGGACUGAAUGUUGAGAUACACUUGUAUAGUUCUUGUUUUGUCUAUACUGUAUGUGUGUUUGUGUCCAAAUGCUCAGCUUGUGGGGCACCACAGUCGAAAUGCCUUUGUACUUCAUGGUGCUAAAGUGGCCAAACAAGAUAGGGAGCAACGGCAAUCACCUAUCAUGAAAUUCUUGUCUCAGCAAGCCACUUGGAAAGGGAAAGCGGUUCCAAGUGUGGAAUGUGUAGGACGUUGUAUGGAAGUGCAAUAUUGUUGUUUUAUCUAUUCAUUUAAAAAAGAAAUUGUUGUGUGUAUUAAUACUUUAUUUUACUAAGGUUCUCAAAAACUGCAAAUUUAAAGACAACACCCAGUUUGAGGGUUGAAAUUAGCCCAGAUGUUAGGAUAAUUGUGAAACAAUAUAAUACUGGAGUCGAUCUUUUCUCUCAGAAUUACAAAAAUAGUGCAUUUUGGGGGAAAAGACCAUUUUUAGUUGUAUGAUUGUGUAUAUUACGAAUAUGAUUGUGCCAUAAAAAUAUAGUAAUUGGUCACAAGCAAAAUCUCUUGUCACUGAUUUUUCAUGAGAGUUUAUUUUACUGGGCCGCUCACAGAUUAACGCCGUAUAAUGGCACAAAACCAACAAACACAGACACCACUCGAUACCAUAGUGAUGUUUUUUGAUAUUUUAAAUCUCUUAUGUACAUUUUCCAAAACAUUAUUUAUUCCUCCAAAAAUUUUACUGAUUUUUGCAUUUAAGCAGGAGGUAACACUGGGUAUGUCUUUUUAUUUCUAUCCUAUAAAACUGCCCCAAAUUCCUGUUUUUUUUUUUUUUUUUUUGAGUUGUAAAUAUGUGUGGUGAGGAGAUUAUUGUAAUUUUCGGAUGAUUUCACACGGUAUUUCAUCACCCCAUAUUGGGGAGAAACAGAGGGAUGUUCAAGUAAUUAUUUGUAUUUCCAGUUUGCAUUUUAAAAUAAAUCUUUUUUACAAAUUC